AUGUUUUCAGCGCAUGAAAUACUCAUAUCCUCUUCCCACAGGGAAGCAGCCUUUCAGAGGCUGCUGUUACUCCUAGUGUUGCUGUGUCUCUCCCCCCCCUGCUGUGGGAGGACCUGGGCUCAGAGGAAACUACCCUGUGAUGUCAUCUCUCGCAACCAUUUACUGGCCUUCGACUGCUCGGACAGGAAGCUACGCCAGGUACCCCACGAUAUCAGCUGGAAUGCCACAGAGCUUGACCUCUCCUCCAACCAAAUCAAGAUACUCUCCAGCUCCUCGUUUUGGAACCUCCAGAAUCUGACUCAGCUAGACCUUAGCUUUAACUUUAACCCCCAGAAACAUCCUUUGAAGAUAGAGGACCAAACAUUCUCCAUGCUGGAUCAGCUGGAAGCACUGCUCCUUGAUGGUAACGGCCUUUGCACAGUGCCGAGGGGCCUUCCGUCUGGGCUGCAGAUUCUGUUUCUGAGGUACAAUGACAUCAGCACUGUAAAACCGAAAAACUUCAGGGAUAUUCCACAUAUUAAAGUCCUCCAUUUAAGUCACAACUGCCAAGGGAGUGUCUGCAAUGGGACCCUGGUUAUUGCAAACCACACUUUCUCCAACCUCACUGACCUGACAAACCUGACACUGUCUUUUAACGGACUGAAAGCCAUCCCUCAUUUCCUCCCCCCAUCGCUCCAGCUGCUCAAACUCAAACGGAACCUAAUCACCCACAUUCACCAGCAUGACUUGAGUGCACUCACUAAUCUGAGCACUCUAGACUUUUCAGGUAACUGUCCUGUGUGUUCUAACGCACCUUUCCGCUGCUUGCCCUGUAAUACACCUAACGGGGCACUACAGAUCCACCCAGAAGCCUUCAGGAAGCUCUCCCAGCUGCAGGAGUUGAUGCUAUCAGGAAACUCGUUAGAGCACCUACAAACAUCCUGGUUUGAGAACCUCACCAACUUACGCUACCUGUAUCUCUCAUUUAAUCGUCUGGUUGGGGAGAUAGCCAAUGGGGACUUCCUCUCUGUGCUACCUUUCGUAGAAGUGAUUGACUUGUCUUACAAUAAUGCUGGACAAUCUUCAUAUUCCCACAACUUGAGGCUCUCAAAGAAUUUUUCCAAACUGACAUCUCUGAAGACAUUACACCUAGAAAACUAUGUUUUUUCAGCUCUUCACAAAAAUCACUUGAAACCACUUUACAGUUUAGCUAACCUGUCUGUGCUCAAUUUGGGAACCAACUUUAUCUAUUGGGCAGACCUUUCACUUUUUGAAAAGUUCCACAACUUAUCCAGUGUUGGCCUCUCAGAGAACAGUCUGACUUUCCUGUCCAAGAGGGCAGAUGCCUUGUCUGUGAAUGGGUAUGGCUGGGGCUAUGAGCCAGAUAUAGACAGGUAUGGGCCUUUCAUACACAAGGAUGAACUCUACCGUCGCCAUUUGCCUAACAUUAAACCAGAGUGUCUUGCUUAUGGUCCAGUGCUCGACCUCAGCAAAAACAACAUCUUCCACAUAAACCCUGAUAUGCUGCAGGGCCUGAACAACACAGCUUGUCUCAACCUCUCAUCUAACUUCAUUGGAGACAUGUUCAACGGCAGUGAGUUUGUACAUUUCUCCAAGCUGAAGUACUUGGAUCUAUCCCAGAAUAAGGUCUACCUGCGCUAUGAGCAUGCAUUCAGUGAACUGGCAGCACUGGAGGUGUUGGACUUGAGUUAUAAUAAGCAUUACUUUGUGGUGGCAGGGCUAAACCACAGUUUAGCGUUCCUGGAAAACCUGGGUUUUCUGAAGGUUCUGAACUUGAGCUGGAAUGAGAUCAGCACCCUCACUGAUAAAACCAUGUCAAGCAGCUCCCUGCAAGAACUGAACUUCCAGGGCAACCGCCUGGACAUCAUGUGGAACAACGGUCAGGAUUUUUACUUUAAUCUUUUCACAGAACUUAAUAACCUGACGUCCCUGGAUCUGUCAUACAACCAGCUCCACCACAUCCCAUCCGAGGUAUACGACAACUUCCCCAAGACCCUGAGACGCUUGACUCUGAGUAAAAACAGACUUGAGGACUUUAACUGGACGAAGCUCACACAACUAUCACAUCUGGAGGAGCUGGAUUUGAGUAAGAACCAACUGGAGCAGGUGGCCUUAACCUUCUCCACUCUUAACAGUUCACUGAGGCUGCUGGACCUGAGCUAUAACAGGAUUUACCGGCUAGCGCCUGGUUUCCUCAGGGGCGCCAGGAGCCUGUGGGUGCUGGACCUCAGCUUCAACCUGCUGGAGCUCAUCAACCAGACAACGUUUGAAUCUGGAGCAGAGAACUACCUCCAGCAGCUGUCACUACAGGGGAACCCGCUCCACUGCACCUGUGACCUGCUGGACUUCCACCUGUGGAUGAGGAGCAAUGAGGUGGAGCUCCCUCUGCUGGCCAUCGGGGUGACGUGUGACAUGCCCGCGGAGAGGAGGGGCAGGUCUGUGUUGAGUUACGACAUAGAGGAAUGUGUGAAUGAUGACAACUCAAUGGCGUUCUGCAUCCUCACGUCGUUACUCGUCAUUCACGUUCUGUUGGUAUCUCUCACAGCACACCUCUUCUACUGGGACCUGUCCUAUAUUCUGGACUACUGUGGGGCCAAGCUGAAGCACCACUGUCGCUUACUGCCGACAGACUGUGUCUAUGAUGCCUUUGUUAUGUAUGACACCACAGACCCGCUGGCCUCUGAUUGGGUGUUGAACCACCUUAGGGUGGAACUAGAGGAGCGCGGAGAGAGGGUUCGCCCACUCUGCCUGGAGGAGCGUGAUUGGAUGCCAGGGACGCCUAUCAUGGAUAACCUUUCCAAUAGUGUGCAGCAGAGCAGGAAGACGGUGUUCGUGCUGACAGAGGGCUUCCUGUCGCGUGGUGUAGUUAAAAUGGCCGCCCUGCUGGUGCAGCAGCGGCUGGUGGAGGAGGGUGUGGACGCCAUGGUGCUGCUGCUGCUGCAGCCCCAGGUGCUGCGACGCUCACGCAUCCUCCACCUGCGCAGACGGCUCUGCAGGCGCAGUGUUCUGGAGUGGCCUGCAACCGCCGGUCCGGCUGCCCAGCGCUGGUUCUGGCACCAGCUGAAGAGAGCCAUAUGGAAAGAUCAGAGAGCCACACACGCAUCACUACACGGCACAUACUUCACUGGGCGGUGAACCCAAGGACAUGAAAGGAAUUGACGAAAAACAGGAAACCGACCAAACACAUGGCUGAGUUUACUUACCCACAGCUUAAAGGUCUCCAAUUCCUACUCUGCAGUGUUCUAGAAUCAGUUCCUAGAGACAUGACAGUGUAGUUCCCCCUCUCUCUCUCUCUCUCACACACACACACACACACACACACACACACACACACACACACACACACACACACACACACACACACACACACACACACACACAAUGUAGCCUAUUGUAGGGGGCUGCAUGGUUAUCUGUACAAUCCAUAAUAAAAUAUUAGGCCUUAAUUUCUGUUUUUCCUGUGAAGGAUUAUAUUAUCAAUCGUCCCAUUAGCUUCUCUGUGAAAAUGCCUGCCUCAUCUACAGUACAAUAUAGUAAAUAAUGUGACUCCUACAGUGAAGCAUGUUGGUGGCAGCAUCAUGCUGUGGGGAUGUUUUUCAGCGGCAGGGA